AAACCACUUACAAGUGGACCAAAAGAGACUGAAAAUUAACCCACUAACAGGACAGAGUGGAAAGGAAAGCAGUAAGUCCCCCCAAAAAGAUGUCUGGUGGAAUUUUCUCGCCCCUGGAGAACCUUUGUGAUUUGGACAAUGCGAACUGCCAUCCGCUGGUGUGUUUUCUAUGCCACGAGCAGUACGAACAUCCUUGCCUUCUGGACUGUUACCACAACUUCUGUGCCAGCUGCCUGCGGGGCCGGGCCAUUGACAGCCGCCUCACAUGUCCUCUUUGUGGGCACCAGUCCAUUGUGAAAGGGAGCGGCCUACCGCCUGAGGACAGACUCCUCAAGUUCCUAGUGGACAGCUCCGGGGACUGUGAGGAGGAAGCACAGUGUGCGAAUUGCGACCUUCAGUGCAAGAAGCAGGACUUAGAUGCCAUGUAUUUCUGCAAUACCUGCAACCAGCCCCUCUGUGCCAAGUGCCGCGAAGAGACCCACAAAGCCAAGAUGUUUUCCCGCCAUGAGAUCGUCUCACUGACCAAGCGCACCAAAGACAUCCACAAGAAAUGCCCGCUUCACGAACAGCUUUACAUCAUGUUUUCCACGGAGAAGAAGUCCAUGUUGUGCAUUAACUGCUUCCGGGACAUGCCAGUGGAGAGCCGGGCACACUGCAUCGAUAUUGAGACUGCAUAUAUGCAAGGCUGUGAGAAGCUAGACCAGGCAGUGAUGGCUGUGAAAGAGCUACAGACUUCCACACGAGAGGCCAUCGUGCUCCUCAAAGCUAUGAUCGAGGAAGUCCGCAACAGCGCGGACGAAGAGGAGACCGCCAUCAACUCGCUCUUCAGUAACAUGCAGGAAAAGUUGGCAGAGAGGAAGAAGAUGCUGCUAAAAGUGGUUCAGAGUCAGUAUGAAGAAAAAGAGAAGGCCUUCAAGGAACAGCUUGCCCACUUAGCAUCAUUGCUGCCCACUCUACAGGUCCAUCUGGUGACCUGCUCUGCUUUUCUGAGUUCUGCAAACAAAGCUGAAUUCCUGGAUUUAGGCUACCAACUGAUGGAGAGGUUGCAGAAAAUUGUAAAGCUGCCCCAUCGGAUGAGGCCCUCCCAAACCAGCAAGAUCAACACUGAAUACAGAGCUGAGUUUGCACACUGCUUGGAGCCGCUGCUGCUUCUAACACCACGCCGCUCAGUUGUGGUGAACGGGGGAAGCAUUGGUCCUGGAAUUAGCAAUGGAAACAUGAUGUCAGGAGGCCCAUGUUCCAAGACCCUGAUGGUGUCAAGCUGCCCCUCUGCUUGUGAAAAGAUGUCUCUGACCGGCUCCUUUGUCCGGAAACCGACGAUGCACCGUUACAUCAGCACCAAGGUCUUGCUGGCCGAGGGGGGAGAGACUUCGUUCACGGAACAUUGCCGCAACUAUGAGAACAUGUAUCGGGUCCUCCAAACAGAGAUUCAGAACCUGAAGGAUCAAGUGCAAGAGCUGCACCGUGACCUCACCAAGCACCACUCCCUCAUCAAGACAGAGAUCAUGAGCGAGAUCUUACAGAAAUCCCUUCAAAUGGACGUGCAGAUCGCUUCCGAGUACUCGUCCGUGGAGAUGAUGAGGAGCAUGUUCGAAGAGUCCUGGGAAGAAACCUACCAGCGGGUGGCAAAUGAACAAGAGAUUUAUGAAGCUCAGCUGCAUGACCUCCUGCAGCUCAAACAAGAAAACAGCUACUUGACUACCAUCACCAAACAGAUUGCCCCCUACGUCCGCUCCAUCGCCAAAGUGAAGGAACGGUUGGAGCCCAGAUUGCAGGAAGCGAAAGAGAAAGACGGCCAGAUGGAGAACCUGCUUAACAUAUACGACGACAGCAGGGCCCUGACAGGUGAUGUCCAGCACAGGACCAGCCCGAGCAGUGAAACCACCGAAUCCCGAGAGAGACCCUCAGAAUCCAAAGCAGAAAACCACGCUCUCAACCCAGCAGCUGAAGAUUUGUUGCUGAAAGGCAAAGACUGCUGCAAAAGCCAGCCAAAAGGCCGGGGAGGGGGCACCCCCACAGGUGGCGGCAGCCGAUCAGGAGCAGAAGCGGCUCCGGUGUCGAAUGCACAUGUUUAUUAACACUGCGUAGGAUUCUGUCUUCAGGACUGGGGGGGGCGCACUCUGUGCUAAACAGCAGCAGUGACGAAACUGAUUUGGCACUCAGGUAGCCGAGAUUCUGCAAUGCUUCUAAAUCAUGGGCAUUUGCAAGAUUUCUUGGGCAGAAGUUUUUCCCCUGGAAAUAGGGAGGGGCAAACAGCCACACAUGGCCCAGCUAACCAUCACUGGAAAUCUUACGCAGAAUUUCUGCCAGCUUCUGAGUUUGUCCCAAGUGUUGCCCACGUAAUUGCUAUCUCUGUAUGGGAUAGAACAUUUCUUUAAGGGGAAGAGGGAGAAUGAAAGGUGGGGUUCUCAUGAAUCUGCUCUCUUCAACCAAUAUAUGACUUGUAUGCUUUAGUGGCACCUGUGUGGACCCCUAAGCCAGGCACAUGGGCAAAAGACUAGGCUUGGUUUGUCAACUUCUGGAUCGGUGCAGGGAAGUUCAGGUGUCUACGUGGCUGACUUUGGAAGAAUAGUCCCUCCUCUUGCUUUUUCCUGGCCUUUGCUGCACUUGCAUCGGGGAUGGGGAAAUUUAUGUCUUUGGCAUGCACUGAAAGAAGCUUGUAACCUAGUGAUAUAAAAUAGCAAUCUCCCCAUGUAUUUUCACGGCCUGUUCCCCAAGAACUAUAUAUAAAAGUAAAUACUGUAAAGUAAAUGUCUAUAAAAGUAAAUACUAAACUGUGUGAUGGGGUACAUCACUGUACAGUGAGAGAGAACUGUUAACAUCUUGGUGCAGGGAGGGAGUCAAAGAAUAGUUUAAAGCUUCCAUAAGUCUAAAGCACCCAUUCACAAAGGACACCCACGCUUUCUGUGCACAUCUCAUUGCUCUGGCCUUGCUUCCUUCCCAACAGGUUCUGUUGGGGCCUGGCCACAGACAUGCAGCAAAAAGAAUGCAGGCUGCUACCCACUGCA